AUGGAUGAACUUCAAUCCGGGGAGCUCCCCCUGAAGGCGGUUACCAAGGCCGCCCUGGAUAACAUGCCGGCGUGGACUGCCCUCUUCGAGACCUACGCUGCCCACGUCAAGCCCACCCUGCACAUCUACGUGGACGGAUCCUGGGAUGCAGACCGGGGCUUGGGAGGUUUUGCCUUUGCGAUAUUCCUUGAGUUUGCGGGUGUGUGGUCUUUUUUCGGGAUUUGCGGUGACGGCACGCACGGCCAUGAAAAGACCUUGACAUGGAGCGUUGAGGGACCCCAGGCCCUCGUCAACGAGCAGAUCGCCAUGGCCACUGCUCUUUUGUGGGGAGCCACAACACCAUCGUCGCAGCUCAUGGUCACGAUCAGGAACCUGCGCCACUUCGUGGUGGCGAUCUUCGGAAAAGAGCCCUCCUAUGAGCAUGUCACGGCACACCAAGGAGAGCGACUGAAUGAGCUUGUCGAUGUCGCUGCGAAGCAUGUUGCCCGUCAUGGACAGGGCCUUCCCAAACCUCCCGCCAAGGUAUGUCACCUCCUCCUCGCCACUGACCUGACGUGGCUGGCGGCAUCAAUCGACCCGCUGUGGCAAAAAGUACUGCCGGUCAAUACAACCUGUAUCCAGUGGCAGCCACAGGAAGACUUCGGCCCCUCUCCCCUCACCCCGGAGCAGCUCAUACUGACAAAGACCCCUCCCCCUUGCAAAGGGACUUCUGCCGUCGUUGAGGCCAUCUUCGAAGACCAAUUAGACUCGCCCAGCAUCAACAUUGCCUUCCUGCAGGAGACCAAGGCCUCAGAAGGACUUUGUCAGUCAGCCAGGGGCCCUGACGGUAAUGGUCGACCCUGGAUCCCCACGGCAGCCGACAUCAAAACCAUUGUCAGCCAACCCCGUCUGCUGGUGCUCCUGGUACACAAAGAUGCAUACAAGGUCCUCGUCAUCUCGGGCCAUUGCCCUCACGAUGCUCGGUUUGAUGAGGCGCAGGGCUUCAUGCUUGAGCUAGCCAGUGCUGUUGAGCCGUACAAGCGGGCUCACCUCAUUCUUGCUGGCUUUGACCUAAACGGUCGACCCCCCACCAGGGUAACGGGGACUACUGGUACGGUGGAGUACGGCGAGCCGGAUAGGAUUGGGCACUUGGCGGCCCAGGCCUUUGAGGGCCUCGGCAUGUGGUUGCCGUCGACCUUCCCACAGCUGCACUCUGGGCAGCAUGCCACAUACUGCGCCCCGCUGGGAACGCUCCAUCGUAUUGACUUUGUGUCAGUAGGGGGCGCGGCGGUGUACAAAGACGUUGCCAGUGAGGUCAGCACAACCUUCGAUACAGGGGCACAGCUACACCGUCCCAAGUUCGACCUCGACAAGCUCAUGUCUGACGAGGGCAGGCGAACCAUGGCAGAGGAGCUCAAAAAGUUCCAGCACCCUUCCUGGGAAUGCCACCCGGACCUUCACUGUCAGCAGAUCCAGGACCACGUCACGGACAUCAUGACGAGGUGCUUCCCUCUGCCCGAGCGCCGACCCCGGGCCAGCUUCAUCCCCCAGGACACAUGGAAGCUACGGGACCGCAAGUUGAGUCUCAAACGAUGUGCCAGACAUCGGCGAUGCCUGUGGACGGACCUACUACAUCGAGCUUUCCUACAGUGGAGCCAGACCGCGGACUAUGCGGUGGAAGCCUUGGUUGCGAAGGAGGGCCUCCUCUACCAGCUCUCCGCGAUGGCAAUCAGCUUCGCCACACACAGGAUCAAAACCCAGAUCCAGGAGGGAAAAAGCCAAUUCCUCCUUGACCUUGCGGGCGAUCCGGGACGCCCAGCGGGGACUAUUUUGCGACAGGCCAAAGCUGCCGGAGCUGGAGGAUCUAAAGCCCGUCCUGUGGCCAGGCCCUUGCCACAGCUCCGCUUCAAGGACGGGAUGAUUGCUGGCACUCGUCAGGACCGUGGUGACCUGUGGACCGAGCACUUCGGUGCUCAAGAACUGGGCAGCCUCAUCGACACGGCCGCGUACCUCGCCCAGCCUCAACUCCCGCCACAUCAAGAUGUGCUCCUUGAAUGGCAGCAAGAUCAUGUCCCCAGCAUUGUCGAAUUGGAGACGGCUUUCCGGGCUGCUCCCCGAAGGAAGUCGCCGGGACUCGACAACAUAUGUGGGGAAAUGCUCCUCGCCGCCCCGGCUGAGCCGGCGAAGAUGUGGUGGCCCCUCUUCAUCAAAGCCACUACACGGAUAUGCCAACCGGUGCAGUGGCGAGGAGACAUUUUGCACGAGGCCUACAAGAGGAGCGGAUGCAGUUGGGACCCACAGUUCUUUCGGUCCCUCUUCGUGUCUUCCACAGUGGGAAAGUGCUUUCACAAGGUGUUUCACACUAAAUCCCAGCAGGCCCUCGACGAAGCCUUCCACAGUUUCCACUUGGGAGCUCGCAAAAACUGCCCGGUCACGCUCCCGGCUUUGUACAUUGUCGGACAUGCGCGCCGAGGACGAGAACUCCGACGUUCGAUCGCCACCCUCUACUUGGACACUGAGGCGGCCUACUACAGAGUCAUCAGGCAGCUCGCCUUCGGCAACCUCACCUGCGACGACGAGGUCAUCAGGGUGUUCCAACAUUUCGGCUUGGAGCCAGAGGAGAUGGCUGACAUGAUGCAGCAGAUCACCACGGGAGGCAUGGCUGCUGACACCAAGCUACCUCCGACUACCCGCCACAACAUCAAGGACUUUCACAACAGGGCCUGGUUCGUCACAGCUUGUGCGAACGGACUGCGAUGCCUUGUCAAGUUCUAA